AUGUCGUCAUCCGAGUGGCUCAACGGAAACUUCCAGCUCUCGUAUCAACUGCUGGACCGUAUUGGAGGAAACAUUUUCGACCACCGAUGGCGCCCAAACCGGCGGACCUUCUACACGGUGGCGGUAAUGCUGCUCGCCGCGGUUGAGGUCCUGUACCUGCUUUGGACGGAUCGAUCGAAUGUGGUGAAAUUUUCGGAAGCAUUCCAGAACGCGAUGGUCGUGAGCCAAGCCGUUCACAUGGUGAGUGUGGGGGUUGGGCGGUUUGAGACGUUUCGGGAGUUGCAACAUAGAAUGGUGGAUAUUCAAGAAUUGCUUGGAGAUGGUGGAAGUAACGAUCGGAUUUUGAGUAGAGCUUUGCGGUUGUCUAGAUUGCUUCAGAGGUUUAUUUUGAUGAUUUACGCUGUCACAUCAGUUGUGAUUGUUCUUGGACCGAUUCUGCUGUGGAUAAUUCUUGACGAGAAGAUCUUCGUUAUGGUUUACUUUCUACCGGGAAUCGACGGCAGCUCAACUGAAGGUUUUCUAGUAAAUCUUGCUUUACAUGCCGUCAUGCUACCUGUGGCGAUUUGCGUUUAGGUAUCACUCGAGUGUACCUUCAUGGCGUUGAUCAUCCCCGUUGGAGCCUACGUAGACGCUUUUGGCAACGAAGUCAGUAAGCUGAACUCAGCGUUGAACCUAACGGAACGUAACGAAGCAACGAUUCGUGAUCAACUGAACCGGAUCGUGAGGCUGCAUCAGCUGCUGAUCGAUUACGAAACCACGCUACAAGAACUGUACAGCAUGGCAAUUCUGGUCAAAAUUGGUCUCGUCUAUCUUGGGAUCAUCAGCGCGAUUGUCGUUAUCUUCAAGUCGCAAGACGAUCGCAUUGCGUACAUUUACUUGAUGUUACAGUUUGAGCACUUGACGCGGUACUGUAUGAUGGGAACCGUUAUCACUGAUAAGGUGGGCACGAAAUUUCAGAGAUGCUUUGUUGAAUAACGCAUUCCAAUAUUUCCAGAACGAUCAACUAUUGGGACAUAUUGCGGAUAUUAACUGGUACCAGCUGAACCAAGG